UAUGCCUACAGAUCUUACGACUUCUCCGAGGAACCUAACGAACAUUACCUUGGCGCAAGGAAUAUUCCCAGAAGAUGUGGGAAAGUUUCCGUAUACAUGCUCCUAGCUUAUGAUAAAGUUCUCGGGAAAAUUGGUUUCUUCCUAGCUAGGCAAAGACCAUUGGUUCUCUUGUUACUGUCACUAAUCUUUUUCGUUGCAAGCUGCUUGGGUUUCAUUAGGAUAAAUGUUGAGCAGCCGUCCAGUAAACAAUUCAUUAUGACUGGUAGCCAAUCAAGACUAGACUUACAGCAUGCAGUACAAUUCUUUCCACUCCUUGAUUCACGUCAAGAGCAGAUCAUUCUGGUCCCUAAACGCAAUAAAAACAUCCUCGAUAACGAAUGUUUAAAAGAAGCGAAAAUUGUGCACCAAGCCGUUUUGAAUAUUAGCGAUUACCGAAAUUUGUGUUUCAAACAACCUCAGCCCACAAGCAACACCAAAAUCUCCAACAAACAAAAGUGCGCCGUCAGCAAUCCUUUGGAGUUGGCUGGUGACAACUUUGAGCAUUUAAGCAAUCUAUCUUUAAUUCUGGCUCGAGAGAAGUAUUAUCCCAAAACAAUCCUUUCAGAUGGUCAGUCGCUCCAAACAUCUUACAUGCAAAUGCUCGGUAAUUUUCAUGUCGAUGACUCAACGAAUCCGCCGGCUGGGCAGGCUGAAGCGCUUCGAAUCACAUACUUUAUUAGAAAGUCAACUAACGAGGAGGAGAAUCAGAAGGUUUUGGAUUUUGAGACCACUUUUGAGAUGAAGAUAUUAUCAAUAAAUAAUCGGCUGAACUGUGCAUCGCUCUUUUACAAGAGUGGAAAAGCAAUGGAUGAUGCUUUACAGCAAAACUUGAAGGCAGAUAUAAAGGCACUCUGUUGGUCAUUUUUAACAGUAGUAUUUCUUGCUUUCCUCGUUAUUUACAUUACCUUCCGUAAUCUCAGCUGUCUAACAACUGCAAUGUAUUUGCUCUCGUCGGCCCUGUUACCCUUCAUAUGCAUUGCAGGCAUCGUUUCAAUGGUAGAUAUUUCCUUUUUCCCAUCCACAGUGUUGAUUCCGUUUCUUUUGUUGGGAAAAGCAACAUCAGACUUAGCCCUCUUCUUAAGAGAAUGGGAGUGGCUACAAAACAUACCAUCGCUUGAAUACCGAAUCACCAGCUGCAUUGCAAGAGUGGCAACUGUUCAAUUUUUUUCGGCCCUUUGUGGAACCAUUCUCGUAGGGAUUGCAAUCAAAUCUUCGUUUGAAAUAAUUUCCUGUUUCUUCCUGGUUGCUAUGAUAGCAUUUUUGCUUGUUUCAGCUGCAUCUUUCAUAACAACUGCAGCUUUAACACAGUUAGUAGAAAGGCAGUUGAAACCACUAAACACAUUUUGCGCCAGGCCCUAUGACGAAGGAGUAAGAGAAAAAGUGGGAAGUAAGAUGCGACACUUUUUGAAGAGCGUCCCUCGUUUAAUAACUUCACUUGGCGGUAAAGUGAUUUCAAUCUUCACUUUGAUCUGCCUCGUAAUUUUGGGUGUAUCGUCUGCACUAUACGCUGGUGAGAGAACUAGUGCUACGGAGAACCUUUACCGACAAGAUGUAAACUUCAUCAAGUUUAAUGACGCGCGCCAGAAAUUCUUUGAAAACCAAACGGAUGUAAGUGUCGUCUUCUCCGAGGAGGCCGAUUACUCAAGCAAAGUUAUCCAAGAACAGCUACUCCAAAUCUGUAAAAAUCUGAGAGAGGCUUCUUACAGUCAGGAAAAAUCAGUGUGUUGGAUUGAAGCCUUGUUAAAUUGGGCAAAGAAUGGAAAUAAAAGUUGCCAGAAUUCACAAUUUUACUCGUGUUUAAACGGCUUUCUUAAUACAUCACACAGUAUUUCUUUCAGACAAGAUGUACAUUUUCAAGAGAAUAAUCCUCGAUCUCUAAUUUUGGCAUCUCGUUUCCAUGUUAAGAUGGUACUGCACAAGCGACUAAGUAAAAACAGAGAAUCGCUAGAUAAGCUGAGAGAUUCAAUUUCAGUUUCCCUGAGACCUAAACCAGUGUCGAAGUCAUUUUUCAAGAUUGAAGACCUCUUCUCGUUGGAAAGAGAAAUCGUCCUCUUACUCAUCAUUGCCACAGUUGUGGUCUUUGUCACCUCUCUGCUUUCUUGUUCAAGUUUAAGGAUCAGUAUCUUCCUAGUACUAUCAUUUGGUAUGCUUCUACUAGAGACAGCAGCCGUCAUGGAAGUGUGGGCAAUUCACCUGAAUCACAUAACCUUUAUUUCUUUGUAUUUCACGGUUGCCUUAGCACAUAAUUUCAGUGUUCAAGUGGCCCAAGCAUUUAUGUUCUCAGAGAAGCGAAUAAUAAGAGAACGCACGAUCAACGCCUUGGCCUCAGUUGGGUGGCCUCUGUUUAUUGCAGCCAUUUUAGACAUAUCAGGUUCCAUUUCAUUGGGAUUCAUUUUUCCAAAUCUACAAAAUAUUUUCUUUCGACUCAUUCCCGUCGUGUUUUCCUUGGGGCUGAUCCAUGCUGUGGUAAUAUUACCACCAACGGUCACUUUAUUAUUCAAGUUCAAGGACACUUUUGAUCUCUUGAACAUCUUCCCCGACCAAACAAAGUCAAAACGGAGAAAAAUGUCUCUUGAAAUGCUCUUUGGUAGUUUACCAAAAGCGACAAACAAACGCCCUGCAAUAUCCAUUGUUGGAAUUAGCUGCAGGUUUCCUGGGGCAAACAGUAAGGAACUAUUUUGGAACUUACUUGAGCAAGGAAAGAGUGCCAUUAGAGAUUUUCCCCUUAACAGAAAAGGGCAACAUGAGGCAUUUUACCGACUAUAUCAUCACAAGCGCUUUGUCAGUGGACGUCUUUGUACCGUUAGGGGAUCAUAUUUAGAAGACAUUCUAUCUUUUGACAACGAGUUCUUCGGUAUAUCAGAUCAAGAGGCUCGUGGAAUGGACCCCCAACAACGGAUUCUCUUGGAAGUGGUGUAUGAGGCCAUUGAAGACGCCGGAAUGCGCCUUGAGGAUCUUCAGAGAUGUAAGACAGGGGUGUUUCUGGGUGUAAUGAACCUAGACUACGGUACUUUGAUAACAGAUCCAUCAAAUCACAACAAUAUCAACCAGUUUUCAUCAACAGGCAUUACAGCAUCAAUAUUAGCAAACAGAAUCUCAUUUUGCCUCAACCUCACAGGUCCAAGCUUUGCGGUUGACACUGCGUGCUCUUCUUCCUUGACAGCACUAAAACUUGCUUGCGAUAACCUACGUACUGGCGAUUGCGACGUAGCAAUAAUUUGUGCACCUAACAUUGUCUUAAGCCAUGCCUUGCAGAUGGUAUCUAGCAUGGCUGGUCUUCUAGCGCCUGAUGGGCGCUGCAAGAGUUUUGAUGCAUCUGGCGACGGUUAUGGAAGGGGAGAAGGCUUUGCAGCAAUUGUUCUCAAACUCUCUGAUGCAGCUUUGAACGAUAAAGAUGAUGCAUAUUGCGAGAUAAUGGCUUGUGGUAUGAACAACGAUGGCCAUAACUCUGUACCCAUGACAGCACCAAGUGCAAAGACGCAAGCUGAACUAUUCAAGGUGGUCCUUGAGCAAACAGGUUUGAAUCCAGAGGAAGUGGAUUACCUUGAGGCUCAUGGCACUGGAACUGCCAUCGGAGACGUCAUAGAAGUCACUUCAAUUGGGGAAAUUUAUACAAGAGGAACUAAACGACAGCUUAAAAUCGGAUCAGUAAAGUCAAACCUCAACCACACCGAAUCAACCUCAGGACUGGCUGGGCUCAUUAAAGUCGCGUUAAUGAUCAAAAACAAGAGAUUGGUGCCAACUAUUAAUGUUCGUGUGUUAAAUCCAAAACUAAAAUUAAAUGAAAAAGGACUUGUUGUGCAACAAACAAACGAGCCUUGGAACACAGAAGGAGGAAAACCACGAAUAGGUGCCGUAAACUCCUUUGGUUAUGGUGGAUCAAACGUGCACGUUAUUGUUCGAGAAGUUGAAACAAAGCCAAGCUAUAAUGAAGAUAAUGGCAAACUUAGACGUCCACGUCAUAUCCUCACCUUGUCAGCACAUUCUAAAGAAGCUCUAAAGCGAAUGGCACGACUCUAUUCGCAGUGGUUUGAAGAUCAGGCUGAAGAAAAUGAGACGUUUGUGGUAAACUUGUGCUACUCACUGAACGAACGUCGCAGUCAGUUUCCCCACCGUUUAGCACUUACCUUUCAAACUAUAUCCGAAGCUUCCGAGACUUUGACAGAGUACGCUAACGAAUCAGUAGGAUUGGAGAAGGUAGUUGCCAACGGGGUGGCGAACGCAGCUGAUUCAAAAAUCGUGUUCUUAUUUGGAGGACAAGGCUCCCAGUGGUAUGCUAUGGGAAGACAGUUAAUUGAAAUGGAACCUGUCUUCAAAGAUACUAUUUUAACUGUCCACAAUUUGAUAAAGGACGUGGGAAAAUCACUGUCACUUUUAGAUGAGAUCAUGGCACCAGAGGAAGAAUCAAAGAUCUCAGAAAAUUCCAUUGCUCAGCCGGCUACGUUCGCAAUACAGUAUGCCACUGCAAAACUUCUGAUGUCUUGGAGAAUCUAUCCCUCCGCUGUACUUGGUCACAGUCUUGGAGAGAUUGCUGCAGCAUGCGUUGCUGGGAUCAUAACACUAAAGGAAGCAGUUCAAUUGGUGUUAACUCGAUCUUCUGUACAAGAUGAAUGUCCCAGUAAUGGUAGAAUGGCGGCUCUGGGUAUGUCGGAAGAAAAAGCAAAAGCAAUGCUAGAUGAGUUAAAGUUAAGUCCUACCCUUAGCAUUGCUGCAAUCAAUGAUGCAGAGAGCGUGACAGUGUCUGGUGAUAGUCGAUCAGUUGAAGUUUUGGGUCAGCACAUAGCUAUGCACGAGAACGACACUUUCUGGCGUGUUCUUGGAACAAAACGUGCAUUUCACAGCUCACACAUGGAAUUCAUUAAAACGCCAUUUCAAGAAAAGUUGAAGCAUGUUUCUCUACACCCUAAACCGUCCCAGAUUCCAAUGUAUUCUACAGUUGUGGGAGACGUCCUCUGUGGUCAAGAGUUCAACGACGAGUACUGGUGGCGUAACAUUCGCUGUCCAGUUCAGUUUUACUCAGCAAUGAGACACCUGCUCCAGGAUGGCUACAAACAGAUAGUUGAGAUAAGCACCCAACCCAUUUUAGCACAUUAUGUUAAAAAGAUUUCUAUUCAAGAGAACUUGCAAGAUCAAGCAAGGCCAAUCGUUAUGGAAACCCUUCCUCGUAAGAGAGUACCUGUCAACGAGCAGUGCAAGUCUUUUCUUCUAAACACAGUGUGCAAACUGUACACAGUUGGUUUUCCUGUAGAUUGGACUUCUGUGCAGACAAAUCCUUCGGCAAAAUUUGUGCGCUCGUUAACCUAUCCAUGGCUUAAAAACACUCAUUGGUACAGGGAACAACCACCCCAAACCAUAAUCCAACCAGCUGAUGCCAAGCCAAGUUCAGAGAAGAGACUUCAUCCAUUUUUAGGCAAGGUGAAACAAACCAGUCUGUACUCAGCCCUACACUGUUGGGAAACUGAAAUUGACCUCCAUCGCUUUCCUGAUCUUAAAGAUCACGCUCUUAUUCAGGGAACAACUGUGAUGCCAGGAGCUGCGUACCUCGAAAUGGCCUUUGCAAUGGCAAUGGAUCAAUUUGUCCAUGUAGCUGGGCUAGAACUAGCUGAUGUGAGGCUCUCGAACCUUCUCACACUGCCCGAAACACAGGUAACUUUAUUAUAUUCUAAUUUUUAACAAUUUCCUUUUUAUGCUCUUUUCAAGAUUACUUACUUAAGUACUUAAAGAAUAACCGGCUGAAUCAUGAACAUGCCAGUUUUAUCUCUUCUAAAUGGUCAAAUCGCACUUUUUCUGUUGCAGGUUCGAUCUUUACGACUGCGUAUUCACAAGACGAAAAGGAUUGGGAUCGCAGAGUUUAACAUAACAUGUGUACAGGAGGACCAUUCCGAGAUUGUCCUAAGCAGUGGAAAAAUUUACCCGGAUCUUUUACAGACAGAAAAAGCGGGUAGGUAACAUUAACUGAUAAUGUAUAGAUUUAGCCAGGGCUAGAAGCGAAGCCUUCAUUUCUAUACUUAUAAUAAAAGCAAUCAAAUUAAAGUAAUAACGUGAACUCUAAGCCAAAAAACGAAAUCUUCACAUCCCUAAGAGCCUUCUACAUCAGACAAAUUUAGAGGGAUGGGCUAAAUGAUUAAGAAAAACUAGCCCGCAAACAAACCUGAAUUGAAAAAAUUGUUGAAUUGUAGGUCUCUUAACUAGCAGCAAUUUACAGGUUAUGAUUUCUAGGGUCGGUGUUAAGGAAAGACCUAAAAGGAAAAUCAGGCCGACUUAAGGACUUUUGUCUUACCGUAAGCCCAUUAUAUUUUCUUUUCUUUUCUUUUUUUUAAACGGGCCCGGACGAACAGUUAUGUGUAGGCCUUACAUUUAUGCGUCAAGAUAUCUGAAAGAAAAUUUUACCGUAAGGUGUAUAAUAUUUUCUCUGAGGACAGACAUAGGAAAGCAAACGAUAACCUUUUUCGCUACUAAUAACUAUAAUCCAGUCUUUCACUACAAAUAUAAAGGGUAAUACAGCAAAUUAAAACUUUUUUCAUUAAUAAAAAAAAAGACAAACUCGGGAUCGAAAAGCCGACAAGACUGUCCGUUUUAUAGUAGAGGAGAACUCCUUCAUUUUUUAGAUAAGCUCACUUUUUCAGUGAGAAUAUAAACCCGUAAACAAGCAACUGAAAACAAACGCAGUGAACUUAAUUCAACUGGUAUUCAGCCGUAUUCAGGGCACAAGUUAUGGGAAAAGAAGCUAAAAGAGCAUCACGCUGCACACUGCAAAACUGCAGAAAUUCUUGAAUUCUACACACUGCAAAAUUCUUGAAUGGCAAGUAAUGAAUGAGAAAAUCAAUAGCAAUUCAAUGCGGAACAUGUACAAAAACAACACCUCAGUUUUAAUUCAAGAAAGGGCCCGUCUGAAUGUUGUUUAAAAAUGUCACGAUCUGUAGUCUCAUUUUUGAGCUAAUGUUAUGAAUGAACAAUGACAGAUAAAUAACUUAAUUUCUUGAAAAUGUUUAUUCAAGAACCCAUAACUUAAUCCUAAAAAGCAAUUCGCGUAAGACAAGUUAAAUCGUUGCGUUCACGCAAGUUAAAUCGGUGGAGCACAUGGCAAACAAAUCAAUUUCAAAUGCACAUUUUGUGGUUUUUCUUUCACGCAGACGUCAAAAUGUAGAAAACGUCCCUGAAAUCUUUAUAAAUACAAAAAUUCCAUUUUAAAAACGUACUUUUCUAUGAUCAUAGAGUACGAAAUGUACCUCAAUUGUCUUCAGAAACCUCGCUGCCUUUUUGGUUCAAAACAAGCCAAGCGCUCCGAUCCGACGUGUAGAAAACAAGAUUGAAUUCCUCGAAAGGCAAUGUCAUAGCGAAAAGCUUUCGUUUGUCCAAAAAAAGGAAAUUGAGCAAUCUUUUUAACUUUCUCUUUCCUUGUGUGUCUUUUAUCGGCUCAUUUUCAAUCUUGAAAUGCAAAACUUUAGUCUGGAAAACCACCACAUGAUGAACGCGAGCUAGCCAUUUUGUUGAUGGAUGACAUUUACUAAGGUGUCAAAUCCGUUUCUUCCCUCACCCCCUAAAUGGUUGACAUGACCAUUCGACGUUUGUGGGGGAGUGGGGUAUGGGUGAUUUUACUGAUUUAGUUUAAGAAUUUUUUCCCAAACCUCUCUGGAGUUAGAAAUUUUUUCCCCGAGAUAUAACGGUGUAAGAUUCUUUUUCAGCAUUAUACUUCAUGAGUGAUAUUUUUUUCAGUGCACGAUAUUUUUUUCCCAGGAAUUUAUUUGCAAGCUAUUUUCCUCCCGAAAACAGUCUGUUGGACAUUUUUUCUGAAAUCACCCAUAACCCCCUCAAAAGUCAAAUGGUCAACCCUAAAAUUCACCAAACAUUUGGUCAGUUGACAGAUUCUGAUUUGUCAAUCAUUUCUAAAGGCGUCUGAAACAAUAGGGGACAAAACUCUCUAGCUGAGAGGGGAGGAAUUCGUUUCUACUUAUCCCCUACGGACGAACGGUGACGUCAUAACCAAAUUUUCUCGGAUGGAUAGUUUACCAAAUUUUAUUACCCAUGGUUUCUCCGCUAUUAUAGAUUAUACUGCUAUCAGCCAUCGUUUUGUCAUUUCUUAGCUUUUUAUUCUAUAACUUUUAUUCUUUGCUCAAACACCCAAACUUUCAGACAUAACGAUGACCAGUAUCCCGUACAAGUUAACAUUUUAUUUUGUAGUUUCAGCGUCUAGCCUGGUCGGUCCAGUAAUAAGUGAGCUAAUGGAAGGCAUGGAGCUAAUGCCGAAUGAAAAGUUCCGAGAACUAACAGAGAAUUUCGGAUUCAACUACGGCCCGUCCUUCUCCAUCAUAAAAAAGAUAUGGAAAAGCGACAACGAGGGGUUAUGCCUGGUUGAUAUCACAAAGGUACUCACCAUCCAAGAGGAAACUGAACGUUACAUUGUACAUCCAUCUAUUUUAGAUGCUUGCCUUCAAUCUUGCUUUGUUCCCCUGGGAAGUUCGUUGAUCGAUGAUAAGUCCAUUGUACCAGUUGGUUUCAAAAGUAUUGCCCUGAAUGACUUACCAUCAACCAGCCAGCUAUAUUGCCACGUAACUGCUCAUGUUUCCGAGUUUGGAAGAUUUGACGUGACGCUCAUGUGUCCAGCUGGCUACAUUCUGCUCAAAAUGACUGAUUUCCGAGUUGCAGCGUUAACAAGUACACCUCGUCAACUUCCUUUAGCUGAUCUUGCCUACGAUGUCCACUGGAUUGAAGCUAAGUUAACGAACCAGGGAGAAAUUUCGCCGCAUCUGACCUGCAUGGUACUCAAAGAUACCUCUGAUUUGUCAAAUUAUUUAGUCUCGUCACUUCAAGCUCGUGGGGUCAAUGUUAUCGCCAUUAAUCCUCCAGAUGGUCGAUGUUUAAACCACGAAGUCCAAGAAUCAAUAAAAAUCGCCUUUGAAGAAAUACCGUCAAUUAAUUCUUCUCUGUUGAGGGUUAUCCAUCUCUGGCCUGUGGAUACAUCACUUCUACUGGAUCAUUUCGCUGUCAUUGAACAAGCUCAAAAACUCGCUUUUAGCAGCUCUGCGUUCCUAAUUCAGCUGUUAACAGAGAAAGAGUUCGUUGAUUCUCGACUGUUUCUUAUCACCGAACGAACACAGUUUUUGGAUGCUUGUGACAAUUCUGGUAAAUUAAAUUCCAUUCCAUGGGGUGCUACCGUCUGGGGACUGAAACGAACUGCGAACCUUGAACAUGUUGAUCUCAGUGUUACCGCUGUUGACCUGUCUAACAAAGAAGAUAAACGGGAAGUAGAUUGCUUGGUCGAUGAAAUUUUAGGUGACAGCAUCGAAGACGAGGUGGCCUUUCGAGGUGGUAGAAGAUUUAUAAAUCGUCUGACCAGGACAAAAUUACACCAAGACACCCAUAAUAUCAUUAAAAGAAAAGAGAGCAGGAAUAAAAGACAUCUUUAUCUUUCAACAGUUCCAUCGUCAAAAUCGCUUUGCUUUCGCGAACAAUGUUUUCCAAAGGCAACGCAAUCCGAAGUCACAGUAGAGGUGACCUACUGCUGGACACCCUCAGAAUCACUCUUUGAAGUCUCAAAAACAAAUGGAUGUGUCUUCGUGAGUGGUAAAGUGACUGAUCAUCCAGGAAAUGGCAGGAGUACUUUGCAAAUUGGAGACGAUGUGUGUGGUGUCAUUCCCUCUGGCCGUGUUGCACGUUUCAUUCCAAUACAUGUCAGUAAUGUGUUUUUGAAACCUUCCAACCUGACAAUGGAACAAGCCAGUUACCUUCCAGCAUGCCUGGCGCUGGCAUUUCAUGCUCUACAAAAGGCAGCGUCUGGCGCCGAAAAACAGAAACUUCUAAUCAAUGAAGCCAAUCGUGGUCCUGGACCAGCAGCAGUAGUUCUGGGAAAAACACUGGGUCACAGAGUCUUCUGCACAAUCUCCGACAAUUGCGGAUCAUCCACAAAGGGUCUUCUUACCGAUCUGGGCGCAGAGAGUGUUAAGCAGCAGAGUUCCCCACGUUAUAAUGAUGAUUUAAACGACCAGUUUGACGCUGUCUUGUUCUUCAAUCCACCGUUUCCAAAUGUACUUCGGAGGAGUGGUCUUAGUCUGAGAAGGGGAGGAAAAGUAAUUAUCUUGAGUACCGAUUUCGAAGGCGAUGUUAUCUUUCCCGCGAACAAGAAUUUUAAGUACGAAAGAGAGAAUACAUUAGACGUUCUACGAUCCCCGUCAGUAUUCGAGGAGCUAAGCAUGCGAAGUAUACAAAUUUUGGGAACAAACAGAGUAUCACAACAGCUUCUUACAAUGGCGGUUGAGUGUGUAGACUUUGUAUCAGCAAUCAAAGCUGCCAACGAAGCCGUUUACAGAACUUCAUCUCAGAAAGAUGAAGUAACAAAGUCCUCGGACAUUUCAUUUCUCAUACGAUCACUUGGGACAUUUGAAGAAGGGGAGCACCUUCAGGGCAUCCCAGUGCUUCCACAAGGCUUAGAUGAGUGUGGUUUGAAAGAAAACAAAUCCUAUUUGGUAGCAGGAGGAGUGCGAGGAUUUGGAUUUGAAGUCGCGCGAUGGAUGGCAGAAAACGGUGCAAAGUCCAUAGUACUCUUAGGCCGCUCCAUGCCCUCAGAUUCUAAAAUUCAAGAGGUGCGUCAGAUUGAGAAGGGCACUGGUGCGACGCUCCAUAUCAUUCAGGUAGGUUAAGUAGACUUCCCCCCUUUUUUUUGGUCGUCUCUCAGGCCAUCGUGGCUUAUUACAAAUACCUGUGUAUCAGAAGAAGGGUUAUACUUCUGUUUAAACCAUUGUUUUUGUGGAUUACCCAGAAAUCAUAGCGACGAAGGGAUGCAAAGUUCUUUACUGAGUUUGAUAUUUGCGAUCUGAGGACUUUUUGGAGUUGAGUUUGCGGUGACCUUUUUUUGGAAGGGGACAUUGGUGCAGCCUAGGCUUCUUUGGAUGGUUGAAAACGGAGGUUAUCCAAGUUUCUUAUUUUAUGUCAGUCGAUUGUAUCAGUUUUAUUGAAGACCUGAAGACGACUUUCAAAUUAUUCGUACAACCUUGUUUUUAAAACCAGUUUCUUCAUUAGAAUACCUUUUAUGAGUCAUGUUCUGGGCCCUAAGGCCUUUUGGGCUUGCUUUUGGUCUCAUUCCCACCUCCCAGUCACCACUAUACCCUAGUGGCCGUGGGGAGCUGUAACACAAAAACGUGAACUGUGUCGGUGAAUUUUUAUCUUAGUUCAAUUAAUCCGACAUCAAGUUUGCUAGAGAUAACAGCAAAAAGAAAAGAACGGUAAAUACAUAAUUGCCUAUUUGAUGCUAUUAACGCUCGGACGAUUUCAUUUCCCGGUUUUGGAGGUAAGUUGAGGAACCUGUCGUGGCAUGGCUCAAUGAAAUAAGAGCAAAUAAUUUUUAAAGAAUCGAUUGACUUUACAGGUGACUUGCCUCUGGGCCUGAAUAAAAAAAGGAUAUGGAAUUAUUACUACAGCCAUCAGUUACUUCAUAUGGACUUUUCCAACGUCCUCUUUUUCAGGCGGACAUAUCUAACCAAACACAUAUGUCAUCUCUGGAAGACCGCCUUCAGUCCCUUCCAGAUGUGGUAGGCAUCGUGCACACUGCCAUGGUCCUAAGAGACGAAUUUAUCAAAGACCUUACAUUAAAAGGUUUUAAUGAAGUCAUGGGCCCAAAGAUCAAAGGUAAGACUGCCUAAACUGACCAAGGCCCAACCUUUCAGACUAAAUUUUCUCUCUUGACGCUAAGCACAAAGAACGGUGUAAUUGAGUAGGAUUCAAGGACAGUUCAUAGCUAACGGCACUAAGUAAAAAAAAUUGCAAACAUUUUAAAGCCUGUUCAGUUUUUAAAAGUUCUUCAAACAUUAACUAUUUUUUUUCUUUCAAAUUAUUCGCAGUUUUCACUAACUAAAUUUACAAACUUGACUUUUAGGCUCUUUUUUGCUACAUCAAAUGAGCCUCAAAAUGUCUUUAGAUUUCUUCGUGAUGUUUUCGUCCGUGGUGUCCAUCAUGGGUAACAUGGGACAAGCCUCAUACUCGGCCUGCAAUGCUUUCCAAGAUUCUCUUGCUCAGUACAGGAAACAUGUGCUCGGUCUACCCGGACUGGCAAUAAACUGGGGACCAAUCAGUGGAGCUGGUGUAAUGGAGAGAGAAACUGGAAUCGCUAAACUUUUAACGCUGACUGGUUUUGGUUUUGUUGACGCCAAAGAUGGUAGGUUGUAGAUUUCUGGAAGCGUAUCUUACAGUAAUCCAUUCAUGAUAAUUACUGUGGAGGUUUUGAAUAUAGCAUGAAUAAAUAAUGUCUUCCUAUAACAGAAAAACUGGAGCUAGUUGCGUAAAACCUUGUUGAGACGUGAUUGAUAAAGUCUAUUGUACAUUAAAUCACAUAGUUUGAAGGAGCUUAAGGUGGCUGAAUGCAGUUUCUCUGAGAUAAAGUUCGGCGCUCUGAGAAAUUUCCCUGACACGAUUGCUUCCGCGCGCGCAGUCUGACGUGAUCAGAAGAAACAUGAAAAAAACUCAAAGUUUUCGCCCCGAAAAACUCUUUACUGACACCAUCUUUAUCACGAGAAUAUAUGCAGCCAACGGGCUUUUCAAGAAAAGAAUAGGCUGAGGAAAAUGCACAGAAGUUUUCGGUAGAAAUUUAUUCUUUUUUCUUGCGCGCUCAGAUGCUGAGCAAGCGUACUUAGGGAACAAGGCAGCCCUUCUUUUGUUGACUUUCAUAGGCAACGUAUACAACCGACAGUAUCUCAAAAUAUUCUCCUUAGAAGUUGACAAAAUUUGGCAGAAUUCCUCUGAAUAUCGUACUUCAAUCAAUGACAUUCUAAAAAUAAAAGUUGAACGAAGGAAUUUUGUUACAUAAUCAAAUUGCACCUGAUGACUAUUUUCUUAAAGAUUUGAAGAACACUUUAUUACAAUUUGGUCAUGUUGUUUUUAAAAAAUGAGGAUUACAAAUGGUUUGCUGUGUGCAAACUCAUAAGUGAAUCUUUUGACUGGAUUUUAAGUAAAACCUACUAAAUUCAAAGUUUUAGAUUUGUUUUUAAAUUUAUCAUGUUGCCAUAGAAACGAUCAAAAUCUUACGUUUAACUUAAUGAAUGUGAUGUCUUGUACAGUUGUAAGUAUAUUUUUUCCCUUCCCAGAUAUGAGCUUCAUGCCUGAAAUGAAACGUCAGGUUUUAUGCCACUGGCUCCUGUAUUAAUCGGUAAUCAUUUACUCUUCGGUAAAUGUUAAUCAAGCUUAAAGUGUACCGAAAAAGUAAGACGUUGUCGAGAAAUAUCAUUCGCGAGGCAAAUUAACCAAAAGAUUUUUUAAGCUCUCGCCUAACACUGUAAAUCAUCAACGAACACUGAAAAUUAUCAAACCAGUAACUCAAAAGGCGUUGCGUAUUUCCUUCAAGCAUAUUGCCCUAUCUAUGCAGCUUCUGUGUUAAGAUUAGUCUCGUACGCAGCUGACUGCUUAAAAUGCAUUUUCGUGUCGACCGAAAAUUAGAUUAUCAUCUAAUAGUCUCAAUGUAACAGGUUGAAUGAGGCCUGUGGAUCGGAAUGAGUUUAGUGGGUUUCUUUAUAUACAUGAGUUUGUUUUUCACUCAUUUUCCUACUUAUAUGAAGAAUAUGUUUUCACUCCGGUCCUCUUCCUAUGAUCUUCGUGGCACCUACAUUCUUUCACAAGUAAACCUAAAACAACUACCUAUGGUCUUAACUCCUUUCCUUACUUUUCAGCUAAGCAGUGGAAUGCACAGCCGGACUUUUUUCGUACCAGUUUUUUUGCAGACUUUAAGACCAAAAUAGAGGAUGCUACCUUCAUAUAGAUUCUUUUUGCCUGACAUUCUUAAACUUAAAACUCUGAAUUGUAAAUAAUAUUUUUUUUUGUAAUUUGCUUAGUAUCAUUAAUAUUAUUUUAUUAUUAUUUCUUAUAAUGCAUGUAAUGUCUAUAUAUAUUUCUAUAUUAUUUUCAUGUAGUGUCAGCUCAAAGAUAUUAGCUUGUAAGCUACUCUAAAAUUCGAGUAUAAAUAAAGUUUUAUGUUAUGUUAUGUUAUGUCUGUACGUUCACAAUAUCAGGGAAAGGGACAGGGACGGUAUAAUUAUAUUGUCAUGAAAUGGAGCCUAACUUAUUUUAUGAUUUGUCUUCGAAGGUGUUAAACACAUGGUCAAAGUCUUAACUGAGAAGCCAGGCUGCUGUCAAAUCUCACUGUUUGAUCCAGACUGGCCGCGACUCUUUAAGAGCAAUGAUGGGCUGAAGAAAACGCCACGACUUUCCACUAUCCGCUCAACAGCAAAAGCCUCUGACAACGAAACAAACUCAACAGAGUCUUUGGCCCAAAGAAUCGUUUUAGAGAAGGAUAGGGAAAAGAGGGAAGAGCUUAUCAACGAAUACGUCUGUGUUUCAGUGACGGAGUUUACUGGAAAUUCUUCGUCCUCUGAGAUAGAUCUCAACGCCAGCUUGUAUAGCUAUGGAGUUGACUCCACAACGGCCUUGACUUUGAAAAUGCAGUUUGAAAUGAAUUUGCAAGUUUCUUUUGAGGUACAAUUUAACUCCUGAAUUAAAGUUUAAUUAUCCGUUAAAACACAAUGUAUAUGCAGGUAAACGCCUCAGAGAGCCGGUAAUGUACCAAUGAUAUAUGUUUUCAAACAUGGUUUUAAAAAAAAUCCCCUUGUGAGUCAUUCCUCCUGGUGCAUAGCUGUUUCCAGGUAUUCAGAGCGUUUGGAAUAAACUGUAAUGCGACAUGGUGGGCUGGUUCAAAGGUUCAAUCCAGUAUGGCUUGGCAUCCACAGGGUCAGCUUUGGGGAUGGACUUUUUGUACCUCAUUAUGAAAAGCUCAUACAAAAUAAUGCCUUCUGUUGCAGGUCUUCUACUUCAUGCAGCCUGACACAACUCCUCUAAAAUUAGCGAGAGACAUAACUGCCAAGAUGAAUGAACGAGGUCAAGGAACCCUUCCGUCUAACGAACAGCCUCAAAACGAAAACAGACAAGAAGCUGGGCAUGCGCAAGCACAGGCAUCUGAUGAAGUUUCAACUAUACCUGAUAGAUCUCAAAGCCAAAUACAAGUUGUACCGCUGUACACUCCAGAGGGCUCAGCAAUAAAGUUCUUCUGUGUUCAUCCGUCGCACCGUUACGCGAUGAGUUUAAUGCCGAUAGCAACAGGAUUUCGAGGACAGGUAAAUUUAUCAGUAUAGAUGCUGAUGAAGAUUGCCUAAACCAUUAGCCAAAACAAUGAGAAAAUGUGACAUAUUGACUAUGUUAAAAAUACCCAUAUUCAUUCAUAAGAACUGAUAAUGUACAGACUUUAGCCAGGGCUAAAAGCGAGGCCUCCGUUUAUUAACUUACAAUAAAAGUAAUUAUGUUUAAUCUAAUAAUUUUUAAGCCACCAGAAAGAAAUCUUUCAGGGAGGUGAUGAAUGAUUACGAAAAAAAAAUAAAGUCUUAUGUUUACAGGCAAAAACAAUCAUUGUGCAUCAAGUUCGAUCACAGUAGUAGACUUGGAAAAGAAUUCUUCCAAACUACAUUACCGAGAUCCCCACUACACUCCCAUAUAGGCCAGUGAUGCGUGAUGGCAUGAUUGGUCCCCCCCCCCCUCCCCCUCUCCUUGCCACUCUGUUCUUACACACUAAACGAGCUAUUCCAUUCAGCCUUGGGCUCAGGAUAUGACGCGUAUGUUCCUCCAACGUGACGUUCAAACUGCGUUGUUACGAACUUACACACUACCUUAACAGACGUGAAUCUUCCGUUCUAUUUUCCAUCGCUAGGACAUAGUUUCCUUCUAUGCACUGGGUUACACAGAUGCAGCAGCAGUGAGUGAGGACUGGGGUGGAGUGCGUGAACUUGCCACACAUUACGUCCACUUGAUUAGCAAGGAACAGCGUCAAGGCCCUUACUUUUUGGGUGGAUAUUCAUACGGAGGUCUCCUCGCCUACGAAAUGGCUUCCUUGUUGACCGAACAAAAUCAAAGGGUGGAGUUUGUGGCGAUGAUUGAUACUUUUCCCUGGAUGUCGCAAUUGGGAACUACCACCAACAGACUAGAAAACAUGCUGCGUCUCGAAAAUUCGCAACGUCGACAUGUCGAGGUAUGUCAACAUCUUGGUCGAUAAAAAGUCUAUUUGAAAGAUAAUCUCACACUGAUAAGUUGCGAGUGGUAUUUAAAAAUUUUUAGACUUAUUGACAGGCUCUUCACAAACGCUGUAGCAAUUUAAGGUCUAAAAUGGACAAAUCAGGCACCGCGUUGUGUUUCCUCAAACAAGAUAAUUUUGUUAGAGAGGUUAUUUGUCAGAGAGGUUACGUCAGACCACAGUAGGGCCAUUUAUACAAAGAAAAAUAAGACACGUCUUACAUAAGACGCGUCUUAAAUAAGACGCGAACUGUACCAUUUAUACGAACAUGUCUUAUCUAAGACGAGAACAGCUCGUAUAAAUGCUUCGCGUCUUAUUUCUGUUCUCGCUUUCAUGUGAAUGUUACCGGUAGCAACGGUAAUCCAACGUGGCGCGCCAAAAAUUAACGCAUGCGUACUAUGCGUUCGCGUCUUAUGUAAGACGCGAAGGUCAUUAUACGAAGUUUUUCUCGUCUUAGCUCAGACGCGACUUAUCUAAGAACAGGUGUUAAGGGCUGUUCUAAAAUAAGACGCGUCUUAGCUAAGCCGCGUCUUAUUUUAGAUGAAAUGUGCCGUUUAUACGGAAAGUUCGCGUCUUAUUGAAGACGCGUCCUAUGUAAGACGCGUCUUAUUUUUCCUCGUAUAAAUGGCCCUAAUGUUUCAUCACAGAUGGUGAAGUUUGUCUAAAAAAUAGCGCUACAGGAAUCGCAUUCUAAACUUUGUUCUUACCCUUUGAUGUCUGAAACACUUUGCCUAGUGUUUGAUGUAUUAAUUCUAAUGAGGAGAAUUGUAGAAUACUCUAACUGUAACAACAUCAAGAUUUUAUGCAUAUCACAAAUUAUGAAGAGGAUUUAUUUCUUUUAGUUCCAAUUUGAAAAUUAUCUGAGGAAACUGGCAGUAGACUCACUGAAGAUGACAUCAGAUGAAUACCAGAAGAUGAGAGAGGGAAACACCAAAGAAUGGAUCAUGGAAGAACUAGAAAAACGGGUGCUUGAGAACGGUUUAGCAAUCUUCAAUUUGAGGACACUGAGAGAAUCUCUUCUGAAGAAUCAAAUGGUCGCCAGUAGGACACAUCUAGAUUGGCAGCCUGCAGAGGUACAAGAUCUCUGCUUCCUUUCCGUUUCAGUUUUCUCACAGCACUCCAAUAAAAAGAGAAGAGUUUUGCGAAUUUUUAGUGAAAAGUAAUACUUAUUUUGAUUAUUUUUCUUGUUUCUUGAACGCCUUAGGCAACUCAGUCAUAAACCUCUCAACUUACACAUCAAUUUCCUUCUUGCAUGUACUUUACGCAAAGCUCUAGUCUUAAUUCUAUGAAAUAACUAAAAAUGAUCUAUAUUAAAAGCUUGUCUAGAUUCCAUGUCUUUCAGGAGGUAUAUUUUUUCUCUCUCUUUUUUAUAAAUAGGUCCGUUAUCGAGGUCCACUCACAUUCCUUAAAUGCGAAGACAACUGCUUCUCACCAAGAUCGUACCAUAGCUUGGAAAAGAUAUGGGGCCAGUUAGUAGAUGGUGGGAUAACUGCACUUGUUUGUCCUGGAAACCAUUAUUCCUUGAGUGAAUCGCCUAACGCUUAUGUUACUGGUAGUAUCUUAGCUACGGCUCUUGUAUUCAAAUACCGUUUGCUGUUCCCAGAAUUUUCCAGGCCCACGAGAACUUUCAGUCAGAGACGAGCCGUAGAAAAACUCACCGGUGGAAUACCUGUGUUCCUCCACUCAAAGAGAGGUAACAUUUAUUUUAACAGCAUAGUCUACUGUUAUAGUAUUCUGUUAUUGACAUCGAUGGCGAUCAAUCCGAAUAUAAUUUAUGCAUAACUUUUUACUUGGUUCACAUUUUUAUAGACUCAGCCAUUUCUGUGAAAGGUUUGAACCCAGGAUCCGGGUGAACGUAGUCCUGAAAAGGACUGUUGUUGUUGACCGUGACUGACGUUUCGAAAACAUGUGCGGUAGUCAUCUUCAGAGUCAAAGUGAGUUGUAUCACGUCAGAUGAUGAUAUUAAACUCUGGUUAUUGACCUGAUUGGUCAAUUAAGUCGCGAUGUUAUCGGUCGUCUGUCAGUUAAGCCGUGAUGUUAUUGACUAUGAGGACUCGUAAUUUCAUUGGUGCGUUUCGAUCCGUCUAUUGUCACAGUUAAACAGUCGUUUAUUGUUAGUCGAAUUAUCGAGUGUCGAGUCAUUUCCUCGUAAUUAGUUUUGCUUGGGUCCGUCAAUAAGUCGUUUGUACGUUGCCGGUAACUGUUGACAACGAUUCAGUGGCGUUUGUUCUAAGUUAGUAAACCAGCUUUCUAAAGUGAGCCGUCGAUAGUAGUCUGUAGAAUACGUAAUACACGUCACAGAGUCCCAGUCGAUUUGAUGUUUCGUCUGUUAAUGGUGUUCAGCGAUGUGAUUGCUGCCGUCGCCAUUUCUUGUCGCUCGUUUGUGUUCCGUCAGUCGCGUGCUAAGGUUUCGGCCGGUUUCACCAAUGUAAGUGGCCUGGCAGUCGCAGCAUUUGAUCUUGUAUGCUGCUCCCUGUCUGUCCUCCGGUUUGUCUUUGUCCUUGACUUUAGUAAGUAGUCGUCGUAAAGUGGUUAUCGGUUCGUGUACAACACGUACAUUGUAAGAUUGUAGUAUACGUGCGAUAGUUACAGAAGUGCCUCUGAUUACGUCACGUCCAGUUGCCCGGUCAUACGCAUCGCAAGAAAGAAAAAUCUGAUGGAAAAAGCUCAAAAUCAAGCGCUUCGCGAGCGAUUGUGAUGGAACACAUCGAAGGGGAAGACAAAUUAUUGGCAGAUCCUUUAACGGCUAUUUUGGCGAGUUUAGACCAUUUUUAUGGGAUUUAUGGAGAAGGUCGAGAUGGGACGGUCGGCUUCAGACUCGGCAGCCUCCCCUUAUUUCUUAUUGUUAGUACAAUUCAAAAUCUUAAACGUCGAUAAAACGGCUUCCAAAUGGCUCUGGGAGCACGGAGACAGUAAAUAACAAAACAAAACCACUGGGUGAGUCAUUUUAAUUGAUAUUUUUGUCAGAAAAUUGAAUUUAGGACAUAUUUUGCUUAUUUUCAUACAUGCUCUUAUAAAGUCAGUCUAACGAAUUCCCGCAGAGUCUUGGCCACCUGUGGAAUCGCAGGACUUCGCGAGGCACUUCGGGGGAACGGCUUGCCUGCGUGCAGACGUCUCCUAUUUCCUCUGUUGCACGAGGAAAAGGGAGGAUUAUGGAGUCUUCCCCUGAUGCAUUGCGCCGUAAUAUAUCAUCGAAUUGGUUUGUUAAAGAUGGAUGCAUUGAGCAAACAACUCCAUCACCUCUCGUCUUUGGGGAAGAUAGGACGUGAUUUAUUUGCAUUCUUGCCAUUUGAAUACCCACGUCGACUUUACAGUACCUUCUCUGCAAUUUGUAAGGCUGAAUGUGGUCUUCGGCCAUUUCAUUUUUGUCAGUUCUUUGGUGGAGAGGCGUUAGUAUAGGCGAAUUUUGGAUAAACUCGACAGCGUGAGAUUUCUAUUCAUUGUAGGUUAUUAAGAAAGUUCAAAAGAAAGCUCAGUUUUCUUUUUGUGGGCAAAGGAAAGCGUUUCAUUAUGAAAUUGUUCUUCGAGGAAUUCAACCUUAUCUUCCUCACGGCGGAGCGCUUAGCCUGUUUUGAAAUGCAAUCUUGGCGGCGACGUUUUGGAGAAUUUUGAGGCACAAUUUUCUAAUCUAUGGUCAAGAAAAUUACGUUUUUAAAAGGAAAUUUAUGUAUUCAUAAAUGUUUCAUGACGUUUAAUUCAUUUUGGUAUCGGUGUUUAAAGAAAAUACAAAAUGUGCCCCGAAUGGAGAUGGCGUGAGUUUGUGCUUACUUGCGUAAACGGUUCCACGAUCUAGUUAGUGUUACGCGAAUUGCUUUUAAGGAUUAACUAAUGGAUUUUUUUUUUUCAAUAAAUUUCUCCAAGAAAUAAUUUCUCAUGUCUAUUGUUUUGUGUUUGUUCAUUCAUAACAUUGGCUCAAAACACGAUCGUGAGACUAUAACAUCCAAGUUGACUUUUUAUGCUACUCACAUUACACGCAUCACUUCAUCCUCGGAGACCCAGGGACAGUCAGUCGGGUUGGGGAAAAGGCGGGACGAAAGUUUUCAAGUAAGGGCGGAAGAGCCCCUGGGUACCGACUCUCAUCGAACUAUUUCCAAACAUUUAAGCGGAUGCUGGCUCUUGAUUGGGCACAAAAAUACUUUGUAUUAUUGUGCCCAAUCGGCGAACAGUUUCUCCUGAGUUCUUUUCGUGAGUUCGUGCACGACGGCUAUUGUCUCGCCACACUUGCCCGGUUCGUUCACCAAGCUUGUGCGUGCAAGGGAAACUUUUAUUCUAUACUUUCCUAACCAGCAACAAAGGAACUACCGAUGAGUCGAACAAACGUUUGGGAUGCUAUCCGGAGGAGCAACUGAAUUUGCCCCGAGAAUAUUCUGUUUCUGACGGAACACAAUGUAUCGUAAAUAAUAGGAAGUUUAAGUUGGGGCGGUCAAGAGAAAGUCAGAUAAGCUUGACAAGGCAAAACAACAACUUUGCACGUGCAUCACGCUUUUUUGUACAUUUCUUUGCCUUCAACUGCACGACUACCCGUGAAAAUGCCUAAUUUCAAGUUUUGUGGAGGCCGUAGACAAGCAAUGACAAAAUUCAUUCUCCUCAUGAACUUGGAUAUGGUUGAUAGAAAUUCAGCACCAGAAGAGUUCGCUUGCAUUUGACAAAGUAAGCUAGUUGAAAAAAUCACGAUAGAGACUGACACAAGUAUGAAUUCACUUUUUCAUGUGACGUUUUCCUGGGUGCCCCUGGGUCUCCGAGGAUGGCAUCACUUCUGCGAUGUCGGUGAAUUUUUGGGCACUUCUUAGUACGCAGGCAAUGAAUUUUAUUUGAAAAUAUCUUUUACGUAAUAUAUCAAACAUGAGAUGCAGUGUUUCAUCACCAGAUGAAACACCGAGAAGAGAGUUGAAAAUACGACGCGCAGCGGAGUAUUUUUGACGAACUUCGAGGUUUCUUCUCAAACAAAAUCAUUUUUGAAGGAGAAAUUAAGGAUGCAAAUACUAAGCAGUGUUUCAUCCGAUUUCCAAACACUCAUUAAACAUUAAUUUCCUUUGUAUUUUCUUAAGGAAUUGUUAAUGAGUUUGAGAAUGAUUAUUCUAGUUGUAUAAAGAGAUAAUUCUUUAAGCCUAUUUUAUGGAUAUUUUCACCCUAAGUUUACUGCGCAGGUGGGCCUGCGCCGAAGUAUCUUGUGUUUAUUAAAGUGAUAACUUCAAGAAGUCGCGCAGUCGACUGCCAGUGGGUUAAAAACAGUCAUGUUCCAUUUCGAUUUGUCGAUUUUUGAGUUGAGGUAAAACGAGGUACAUUGUCAUUCCUCGAAAUUAUAUCCCUUCUUCCCUUCAAAAACUAUUAUGGCUUCACAGAACCUCGACCACCGUAGUAGGAAAGUAACACAUUUCUCUAAGUACCCGACUGUAACAGUGAAGAUAAUACCUUCAUCAUUAAAAUUCAGCUCUCUUUGUCGUAAAAAAAGGCAUUUAACUAUACGUUAAUAUUUUAGAAAAUUCGCUCAGUACAUCAAUUCAGUGCCAAUCAAAAGGAAUGAAACAAAACAAACUCACUUAAACCCGUCAAACAGGCUCUUUUGAAAGGUCGAAACUCAUCUCCGACGCUCACGACGAAUCCAGAAUGGCCACGUUAAACGCGAAAAACCGCGAAAAAUUGCCGCAUGGAAUCAUGGGAAGACUGCAUAAUCCUCCUUUUUUAAAGCCUUUCCCCUAGAACUUCGGCCAGCACCCCCUGUAUUUUAAAAGUUGAUAGAGCCCUAUUAAACACUAAUUUAAAGGUAUUUUUAAGGGAAAUGACUGUUGUUUAAACGGUAAAAAACCCCACGUAAACGCAUUUCACCGCAUUUAAAGAACAGAUGCCCAACUAGGCCGAUACGGUACAAACUCGUCUGCGAGUUGUUACCUCGAUUUUUCGCUCAUAUCUAAAGGCAAAAAAUGAUCCAACGAAUCGCUUCCAUUUGCUCUUAAAGGCACUUUUGUAUUCGAAAUUCCUUGCAAACAGCAAUUAUCGACUCCUAAACAGGCCGCUAAAAAAGCAAACCGAUAGAAAUAUGACCAAAGCAAGACACUCUUCGGUGUUGCCUGGAAACACAAAAUACUCCGUAACGUCACACACUAGAUGACGUCAGGGCGGACACCAUUCAUAAACACAUAAAUAGAAAUACGCGGCGUACGAGUUUGCAGCUGGCUAAGAACACGCGCGGUUAACUCGCUGAACACGCGACGAGAUUAUAAACUCUCUUCGCGAGGAAUUAAUUCAUGAUGUAUCAAUUCAUUGUUUACAGUCGAGUCAAAGGCCUCCUUGGCCGAGGUUUAUAGUUUUGUCGAAAUGCGCAGUGCGUGGAUCGCGCAACGAGGCCGAAACACAAGUUGGCUUUUAACAAUUAUUGAAUGACUCUGAGUAUCUCGGAAGAAUUCUGCCGAUCAAAGAGGAUGUUAUCCACUAGUUUUCCUGUUUCUCAGCACUGUUUCAGGAUAUACACAGAUGUUUUUUUCUUGAAGAUACUCGUAAAAAACUCGAUGACAUUUAUCAAGCAAUAUUUCUUGUGCGUAUUACCGUAUUUCCUCCAUUCAGUUUUAGUCAAGAAUUCAGCUAUUUCGUCUUAGGAUAUAGCCGUGAACGUAAUUUAUGUCUAGUUCACUCAGGCAUAAAAAGAUAGGCUGCCGCGCUCUGCACAGCUAAAGCGGGUUUUAUCUAGAAACGAGGCUGCUGAGGCAUAUACAAUCGAAUCGAUGGAGAGGAAGGACAAUGCUGUCCAUUUGAGACAGGUUCCUGUAGAGGUUUUUGGUUUAGUGAGAGUAACAUAUAGUCUCGUAAAACUGAAAUAAAAGUCAGAAAAGUCAAAGUUUCCCAUUUUAGUUAAGCGUAGCCGAAAUGAUUUAUUUGUCUACUAAUUGCUGUAACUAGCAGUCAACAAGUACAAUUAAGGACAUUGAAAAUUAUAGCGGAAGUAAAACUUCUAUGGGUGACGCCAUCCGCCAUCCGCCAUCCGCCAUCCGCCAUCCGCCAUCCGCCAUCCGCCAUCCGCCAUCCUUCACUUCACUCUCUGUCAUUUUGAUAUGCAUUCAAAUCUUUGAAGCAAAAAAUGUUGUAAUUCAUGUUCACCUUUCAACACCUUGUGUUCACAUGUAGGACACAAAAAGCCUCAUUUUGGAGAACUACAUUUCCAGGAGGAUCUUUACACUCUUCAACUGACAACACAACCCGAUGAAGGAGAGACGCGUGGUACAGAAAAGACCAAAAAGAUCAUUAACUUGAAAGGUAUGAAAAAAAUGCUCUUAUGCUUUUUUUUUCCACGGUCUCUUAUUAUUACCGGAAACAUUAUGGUCUUUUGAUACUGGGUUAAGCCAACGUAAUGAAAACGUUCAAAGGUGAAACACUCAAGGCGCAGGGCUAAGGAGAUGGGAUGAGCGAUCAAGCUCCGCCAAGCUCUGUCUCAGCUUAGAAAGCAAAGCGUUGCGUGUUGGCUUAUCCAACCGAAAGCCUCCCACAUUUGAGUCUGUUCGCUACUCCAAUCAAAUUCGUUUAAUUUUCCUUAUUUUUACGCCUUAGUUUAAUAAUUCGUUCAUGACUGAUUACAAGGUCAAAAGGAUAUCUCUCUUGGUUUAAUAAAAAAUGCUAUGAAACCUGCUCGUACACGUUCUCAUUAUGAACAAUUGAACAGUUGGUUCAGUGGUACAAAACGGAUCAGUCUGUCCGCUUAUCUUUGCGAUUAUUAAAAACUGAAUCAUUGAAGAAUGCAAUUCUAGAGCUCUGAUUGGCUUAGCCAUCAUGGUAUAUGAGCCAUUUUACCGUCCUCUUCAAUUAUGGUAACUGUACCUGUCUCCUCAAAAUUAAAAGCAAGCUGAAAAUAGUUUGUUUUUAGAAAAAGUCGGGAAGAAUUCUCGGUAUUUUUAUUUUUUUGAGGAUAUGAGAUGAUUGUAGCCAACUCAUAUCCAACGCGCACUCGUGGAAUAAUUAUUAAUUAUUACUAUACGUUGUAUAUCGUACAACACAAAAACUGGAAAGGAAAAAUACUAAAGAUAUGGAUUACAAUAAUUUGUCAUGGCGUUUUAGGCCAUGAGGUUCAAGAGUCGUGGCCUUAUCUAUCAAAUGCGACUCCCUGCCCUUAUGAACUGAGUCACGUGAAGAAUGAAUUUUCUCUAGUGGGACUAACUGCUUUUCAGUAUGAGAAUGGUUUGAGUGAGAGAUAAAGUGUCCAGAAACAGCAGUGGGUUUAGAUUUAAUGUUAGUUUUGUCGACUGCACAUCUUUGUUCGUUAAAUCUGUACUGAAGAACCGUUAUUAUUAUUAUUAUUGUCAUGCUACAUUCUGGAGGGCAGAGAGACACCUGUUACGAGUAGCUAUACACUCAAGCCGGAAAAAAGUGUAGUUAUAAUCUGUACUUCUCAAAACGUUAAAUUUAAACCACUGCAUCGCACAGUCGGCAACCCAAUGAAGCCCCGUCUAUGGUGGUCUUGUUACUUAUCUGCUAGCAAAUUAGUGACUAAUCUGUAGGUUGCGCGCGCAAAGCAUGAUUUCCAGUAGCAAUGUCAAACUGUGUUCCAUGCGAUGCUGUGUAUGUCCUUCUUAACUGUGCUUGAAGAAGACUGGCCCAGUUUAUAAAAUACCUUCGAUUUUUUCUCUGGGGUGGGGUAUUUUUAGCAAUUCUUGGUAGGGGUGUGCUGUUCUACCCUUCAAAUCCUGACCCUAGACCCUAUUUCAGACCAAUACCUAUUACUUAAAAUUGAAGGCAAGGCUGAUCGAACGGCUAGGGGUUACAAUUGUUUUUGCCCAACCCUUAGCUGUCCGAUCAGCCUUGCCUUCAGUUUUAAGUGUUAUUUUGUAUUGCUGCUCCUGAUCUACAACAAGAUCCGGCUUUCUCUCGCUUCUGUUUGCCCAAGUGGUCCUUGCAAGAAUUGUUUUGCAAAACCUAUUAGGCAAAUGUAAGGGAGUACCCCUCCGGGAUUUUUUGUUCACAAAAUGAACGCAAUCAAUUAUUUUAAUAAAACUGAGAAGGCGGGGGGAUAUUCCUGGAAAUUCGUAGUGGGGGUGUGUUGUCCAGCUCUCCAAAUCCUGACCCUCGACCUUAUUUCAGAUCAAUACCUAUGAGACAAAUGUAAGGGAGUACUCCCCCUGGGAUUUUCGUUGUUAUGGUGAUAAAAACUAUAAAGUGCUGGUUUUCAGUGUCACGCCAUUCAGAUAAAGUCCAGAAUCUGGGAAAUGAGAGGAGGUAAAUAAACAAAGACCCUCGCCAAGAUUUGGGUCGAAGGAAUAAUUCAUAUACGAGAUAUCCGAGGAAAUGUUUUACCCAAAUUUAUAAGGCUUUGUAUGGAGACGCCAUGCUGGAGCUCAUCCGAAUGAGCUCCAACAUGGCGGACGGAAACUAACAGAAACAUCUGUUACCGAGGUUUGCUACAAAAGCGUGAAUUUACUCCUAGAGGAACUCAUAAACAUUAGAGUAAUACUUUUUCUACUACUUGAACUGUUUAGAUAGCAAAAUUCCUCGAAAAAGUGACCUUUUUAACCUGAAUGACAGCUCCCUCGGCCGUCAUGUAAAUGCUGCUUCACGCAAGAGCUUAGAAAUUCAAGCGUACUCUAUUACAAAACCAAGAACCCUUUUGAAGCGAAAAUUUGUUUGAAAAUUAGUUUUCAGCUGCUCUAAUACACCAUGAAAGUAAAAUCCCCGCAAGAAUGAUAGUUCUGUAGUUUGAAUUUUCGUGAAAACCAACAAUUAUUAACUUGGUAACUUUUAAGCAUGUUAAGCGAAGGCAAUUAUUUAAUGAAGAUGUGUUUGAAGCUAGCCAACUGUGCUUUUUCAUGGUCUCCUUCAAAAGAUGCUACGAUGAGUACCUUUUGUUGUUUUUCUUCACUUUUUGUUGAAGUUUAAACCUUUUGAUGAGUUUCUUCCGAAUUGCAGAUCUCUCUGUGUGUGUAGCUAGAGUGCGUGUGUGUGUACUUCCAUUGAAUAUAGAGGUCUCUAGAUCUCAAGCUAUCAUUGGCACUUUUUUUCAGUGCCUUUUUCAAAAGAUGAUAGGAUGAGUCCCUUUGGAGGUUCUCUUCGCUUUAUGUUGAAGUUUAAACCGUUUAAAAUGUGAUGGCCAAUGUCUCUUUUUAUCUUAUUGCGAUUCUUGCUCUGCGUGUGAAAAGUCAUUCCUUACAAGAAAGGAAUGUGCUCAUUUCAGAUCACCACGUCAAAAAUGUAUAUAUAUAUAUAUAUAUAUGUCUGGACUUGAUUAAAAGUACCUCCAGAUCCGGUCCGUGAAAAUAACGCUAAUCAGUUCCUGCUCAGAAUGGCUAACUUGCUUACCAGGGUUGCCUAUGCCCGAAGCCAGCUUCAUUUGCGAUUUUUGGAUGUAAAUAUGUGUGUAUGUAUGUAUGUAUAUGUAUGUGUGUGUAUGUAUGUAUGUAUGUAUGUAUGUAUGUAUGUAUGUAUGUAUGUAUGUAUGUAUGUAUGUAUGUAUGUAUGUAUGUAUGUAUGUAUGUAUGUAUGUAUGUAUGUAUGUAUGUAUGUAUGUAUGUAUGUAUGUAUGUAUGUAUGUAUGUAUGUAUGUAUGUAUGUAUGUAUGUAUGUAUGUAUGUAUGUAUGUAUGUAUGUAUGUAUGUAUGUAUGUAUGUAUGUAUGUAUGUAUGUAUGUAUGUAUGUAUGUAUGUAUGUAUGUAUGUAUGUAUGUAUGUAUGUAUGUAUGUAUGUAUGUAUGUAUGUAUGUAUGUAUGUAUGUAUGUAUGUAUGUAUGUAUGUAUGUAUGUAUGUAUGUAUGUAUGUAUGUAUGUAUGUAUGUAUGUAUGUAUGUAUGUAUGUAUGUAUGUAUGUAUGUAUGUAUGUAUGUAUGUAUGUAUGUAUGUAUGUAUGUAUGUAUGUAUGUAUGUAUGUAUGUAUGUAUGUAUGUAUGUAUGUAUGUAUGUAUGUAUGUAUGUAUGUAUGUAUGUAUGUAUGUAUGUAUGUAUGUAUGUAUGUAUGUAUGUAUGUAUGUAUGUAUGUAUGUAUGUAUGUAUGUAUGUAUGUAUGUAUGUAUGUAUGUAUGUAUGUAUGUAUGUAUGUAUGUAUGUAUGUAUGUAUGUAUGUAUGUAUGUAUGUAUGUAUGUAUGUAUGUAUGUAUGUAUGUAUGUAUGUAUGUAUGUAUGUAUGUAUGUAUGUAUGUAUGUAUGUAUGUAUGUAUGUAUGUAUGUAUGUAUGUAUGUAUGUAUGUAUGUAUGUAUGUAUGUAUGUAUGUAUGUAUGUAUGUAUGUAUGUAUGUAUGUAUGUAUGUAUGUAUGUAUGUAUGUAUGUAUGUAUGUAUGUAUGUAUGUAUGUAUGUAUGUAUGUAUGUAAAUUCGUUUUUUGAGUAAAACGUAUUUCGUAGAGCGCUCGACUCAAUUGAUUGAGGAGCAUCAGCUAUAACUUCAUAGAAGUUCAGGUUUCACGAGUAAUCGUCGUUUUAUUGCAAUAAAACGAUGAUUACUCGUGAAACCUGAACUUCUGUGAAGUUAUAGUUAUGUAUGUAUGUAUAUAUGUAUGUAUAUCACCGCAUUUGCCUCGAGUUCGCAGUCAAUCGAUUCAGAAAGAAAACAAAAGAACACUCAGAACGCAAAUAAUGUGUGAUGUGAAAAACGUCAAGCCCGGGAGAAAUCCUGUUUCGUAGAGCAAGCCACGCUUUUGCAAGGGACGAGUGUGAAUGCAAGUGAAGGUAACAAAUUAGCAUGAAUUGAAGCGAUACGUUUCUCAAUGGCCAAUCGAAACAAACUGCAACUGAUGCAAAUUAUUUGAAAUGUCAUGUUUUACUCGCAGCACUUCACUUUCCACUAGAAACUACUAGUUUUUAUUCAUAAAGGUAGAAUUUGAAAAGUUACCAUACAGCCCCGACUUAAAAUGGUACUCAACUUUCUUGUUACGAAAGUCUUCCAAAAGGGUACAAUGUUCAAAUGAGUUUGUUGCACUCUCACAUGAUAUUCUAUGUCACGCAAUGGUCGGCGACAGGGUUAUGUGGUGGCCUGAAUGUGUACAGCCAACCCCUCCCCUCAGAAGACAUCGCCCCUUGGCAGCCCAGUUAGAAUCGCCUUUCGGCAAUUCUUGUUUUCUUCAAAACAAUGUCUGUCUGAAUUUGCUAAAACGUGGCUAAAGAAAUUUCAUGUGCAUUUUAACAAUUUGGCAUCUAAGUCGAAUGGAAAGCAGUUAAAAGUCACCAGCUGAGGCUUAACAAUGACAACUUUGUUGCUAGCAACAGACGGUAAAUUGCUCUCGCAGAAGUAACAGGAUUUUGCGAUGAAAUAAACAACAUUUGAAACGCUCAGAAAUUAUAACCUUUUCGUCAGUCAAACCAUGAGGCCCAUAGCUAAGUGUCUGCUGAAAACAGAUUAAGAAUCCACAAUCUUUGAGCACAGAGUAGGCUUUUUAACACAAAAUCACCUAAUUCCCCUCUCACGAAGCGUUUUUGUGCUUGGCCCAAAGUAUUUCAACCACAUACCUGAGUUUUGUCCCCGGUUUUGUCUGUCAACGCAUUCGGUAAAUCACACAAUAAAUGACUUUGUCAGCAAUCACAACACCUCCGAAAACCACUCAUAAUAUUUCCACAUUCAACACGGGCGAAACAUCGUCAAAUUACUAUAAAAAACUCUCGCUUUCUCCACUUAAAUCGUUCUAUAGAAACUUUUCUCGACCCAAACCAGUGAGCCCACUAAGUCUUUGGCCUGUUCAGAAAUCAGCAUCAAUUUCCAUCUCGCCCAAUAGGUUUCACCCCUCGAACCUACUUGUGAAGCCAAAGACUUGUUACUGCCAAAAACAUAGCUCGCAAUAUCUAUUCUUUCCGUCUCAAGCCCGGGAUCAGUCAUUCACCCGUGAAGCCAAAUGAGACGAAAGUCAUUAAUUGUGUAAUUUACCGAAGGCGUUGACAGACUCAGGACUUUGUCAAUCGUGAGACUUGUUCCUUCAUAAGGCUUAAUGAUGUCUUCCGGGAAAACUUUGCUCAAGGCAGCCAAAAAAAUUCUAAGACAACCCACUACGAGAGCAGGGUUCAGUCUAAUACGCGCGCUGAUUUCAAACUGACAUGCAGAGAGAAUUAUGGGAAGUUAUGAAAAGCGUUUUUUUUUUUUUUUUUUGCGGGGGGAAGGGGUUUAGGUUAGCGUAUUCAGUAAAUAUUCGGUAAAGAGUAAACGAAUAAAAAAUGACAAUAAUAAAAGCAAACAUUCUCCACCACAGGACUCUGUAAAGGUAUAUGAGAGAAAUUUCUAUAGCCAUGUUUUAGCAAAUCCAGUCAGAUGUUUAUUAAUAGAAUUAUUAGAUUCUGUUUUUCUCGGUAAGUGUUAUCAGCCUCGGCCUUCGGCUGGGCUGAUAACACUUACCUCGAACCUGAUUAUUUCAGAUAUCACAGAGACCUCAUUCAAUAAUUAUUAAUCAGCUCUUUACAAAGAACCUUUUGUUUUCUCACAACAGAUCUCCUUAUGGUCCAACCAGGAACGUUUGUUGCCAACGCCACGAAGUAUGCCGGCCGAAAGCGGAGAGUUGGAGCCCAUCACAGUGGAAACCUGAGGCAAAUCGCUUCUGUUAUUACAAGGAGACGUGUCUACAAUUUGGAAUUCACUGAUUAUUCGGAUUUAAAAUCAUUCUACAAUAUGAUCGAGGCUGUUUUUGCAGUCAAGUUGUUGUCACGUUAG